AUGCAGAUGCAAGAGGGACACGAGUUCUCUGACUGGCUUCCUGACUGGCUCCCGCAAGUGACACCCGGAGCAGAUACGGUGACCUCAGAUCAGGAGCUUACCCAGACUCCACAUGCAUCAUCACCCAAUAGCUCUCACAGCCCGAAAAAGUUGGGCUACCCACCUAAUGAGAACGAUGGCGAGGCCGAUCAAUUCAAAUUCAAGCAAGCUAAGACGCUUUACGUCUCUCCGAGCGCAAAUAGGACGGUCAAGAGGAAGCUAAGUGGGAUCCAUGUAUUCAUGAUUACCGUGAACGGAACCCUGGGAACUGGACUGUACUGGCGCGGCGGUCAGAUUCUUGAGCUCGCGGGGCCCCUCGCGGCGGUUCUCUCCUUCCUACUCAUCGGGCUUUUAUCCUGGGCCGUGAUGCAGUGCGUCACAGAGAUGCUAUGUAUAUGGCCGAUUCCUGGCGCUCUUUCGGUAUACGUCACUACUCUGGCUGCGGAAGUCGACUUCUGGACUGGCGCCGACGGAACAAAGGUCAUCGAUGGGGUAGUCAUCUACUUCCUGGUUCCAUCUAUAUUAGCAUUGAUAAAUGCAACGGAGAUUGAGUUUUACGCAUUGAUAGAGGUGCUGUCUGGCAUCAUCAAGCUCGCGUGCCUGGCAGUUAUUGUCAUCGCCCUGAUCGUGAUCAAUGCUGGAGCCGGCGAAAAAGGAUAUCUAGGCAUGAAAAAUUGGUCGUCGCCUAUUGCUUUUGACCAUGAUGCUGCUGAUAGCUGGGGAAUUGCAUUCCUAAUGUGCCUAUCAAUAGCUACGUUUGCAUAUGUCGGAGUUGAGAUUGUGGCAGCAUCAGCAUUGGAGUCCGCCCUCGGCACGCACCGACAAAGGCUCGAUAGCACAGGUGUGGAAGCGAUGCAACGUAACGGCAUCCUGAUUGGGAGCACUGUCAAGUUCUCAUCAAUGUACUUCUCGCUGCUGGCAACAGUCGCCUACUCGAUUUGCGGGCUCCUCGUCUCGCUUGACAUACCGUGGAAUCACUGCAAUCUUCCUCGCCUCAGUUGGAUCAGCACGACCGCCGAAUGUCUUCCCUCCGCUCCCGGUAUCCAGACUGACACUGCCUCUGCAUUUGUGGUGAUUGCCGCCGAGUCCAUGAUUCCCCAUCUCCACAACGUCUUCAACGCGUUUCUUGUCUUCACUUGCAUUACUUGCGCCAGUACAAAUCUGUAUGUCGCGUCACGCGCACUGUUUGGGCUCACCAGCAGGUUAGAUGGAGGCAGGGGGCAACCCUGGUACAUCCAGAUUCUCGCCUUCUUAGGCCGUACCAACACCCGAAAGGUUCCUAUCCGUGCCAUGAUUACCAGUGCAGCUGCUUUUGUCUGGGUACCAUUCCUCCAGCUACGCGGCGGUACCACCACAGCAACCCCUAUUGGCAUGUUCGUUGAGAUAUUGGCGCAAAUGGGGAGUGUUCCUGUUGUUGUCGUCUGGACAUGUGAGGCUCUUGCAUAUAUCCGCUAUUACCAUUGCAUCAGCCGCCAUCGUUCCGUUAUUGAAAGGCAACGUAUUCCACAAGUACGGCGGUUUUCCAAGUCAGACUAUGACGAUUAUCCGUACCGCGGACCCCUGCAGCCCUACCUCGCUUACCUCGCUUUCGUAGGCUGUCUUUUCGUUUUGAUAGUUGCCAACGGAGCUUCGCUCUGGGGUGGCUUCUAUUUGUUUCCUUUUCUAUCCUCGUUCCUUUUUAUUCUGGUAUUUAUUGGAGUCUGGGUUCUUUUAAAGCUCGUCAGACGUGGAACCUGGACCUGGGUUGACCUGUCUAAUCCGGAUAAGGUCGUACGAAAGCUGCGGAAGUUGCACGAUAUUCGCCUGGCGGCCGCAUAG